CUCGCUGUUUACGUUAAAAUUCGGUGUUCUUUUGCGCUCCAACUCUGUCCUGCACGCGUCAUUUGCUAGGCAGCUCGUAGUAUUCGCCACCGAACCAGCCAGGGCCACUCAGCAAGGGAGGAAAAUAGACCAUGGUAGUUGGCCGAGGACCGAAGCCGGGUGCGGCCCGUCGUGGUAGCGCCAUCAGACGCCCAGCGUUCGCCAACACCCGACUCACGCAGUCGCAGGACAGUCCCGACACCACACCAAUACGGUCCCCAGCCAGAAAGACUGUGCCGAGGGCAGCUGCCCACCCGGGUCGCAGCGCGGGCACAGUCCAGAAGCAGCCACAGAAGAGACGGCUGGCGCCAGGCGUAAGGGCAGUGCGCGAAAUACGCAAGUACCAGAAAUCUAGUGACCUGCUGCUGGCAAAGCUGCCGUUUGCGCGUGUUGUACGAGAGAUCACCGAGACCUUUGUCAAUGACUAUACGUUCAGCGAGCCCCGAGUUGCCAUGCGCUGGCAAUCGUCGGCGCUGCUGGCCCUGCAGGAAGCCUCAGAGGCAUUCCUUGUUCACCUGUUCGAGGAUGCUAAUCUGUGUGCUCUGCAUGCCAAGCGCGUCACCAUCAUGCAGCGUGACAUCCAGCUGGCCCGCCGCAUCCGUGGUCAGUGGGGUGGGCUCGGAUAGACUCACAAUUACAAACUGAACUUGCUUCUGCUGUACCUCUUCCUACUAUCUUUUCCAAACCAUGAACAGUGUUCUAGCCAUUGCUGGCCUG